AUGGGGAGAACGUCUCGGUGGGAUAGCCUUCGGGGAGAAGCCGUCUCGUCGAUUCUGCGAAGGCUCGAGGAUCCGGGGAAAGCCUGUGGGGUGCCGCUCUAUGGCUAUGGCCUCUACUUCGCGGAGCGGAUCACCAAGGCCGAUGAGUAUGCGCACCCGAUCCAAGAGGGUGAUCCUCUCCCUGUGGAUCCAGGACAUGAGUCCACCUUCUACGCGGUCCUGGUGUGUCGUGUGCUGGGUGGCCGAAGCAACUUAGUCACCACCAAUGAGAUCGAGCGGGAGAAGCUCAGGAAGGAUGUCUUUGAUGGGCCUUUCCAUUCAGUCUUUGGUGACCGGGUCAGUAGCCUUGGCAAGCCGUACAAGGAGGUCGUUGUGUACGACAAGGACCAAACCUUUCCGGAAUACUUGCUGAUCUAUUCUCGCCAGUACUGA